CCCAACGGCUCCUGCCGAUAGAGCCGUUCCAGGAACGCCCGCCUGCAUUGCACUUUUCCCUCCUGCAACCUGUUUGGCUAGCCAGCCACCUAACCACCCAACAAUCCUUUCCACACCGAGACAAUGAAGAGCAAGCGUGCAAGAGACGCCGUCGAGGACAAGCAUGUCGAUGCCGUUGACGUUGAGGCGCCUGCUAAGAAGCGCAAGCGUAGCGACGAAGAUGCCGACGUGAAAAAGGCCAAAAAGGACAAGAAGAGCAAAAAGCACAAGCAGGAGAGCCGCAAGGAACGCAAGGACAAGCGCAAGAACCUCCAGGACCUCCCCGAGCAGGAAGACGACGACGAGAACCCCGCCGGCACCAACGCGGUGGAGGAGGACUCACCAAUGGCUGAUGCAGUCUCCAAGCCCGCAGCCGACUCUGCAGAUGCCGCCGCCGAGGAGAAGGCAGCGAGAAAGGCGGCUAAGAAAGCCAAGAAGGAGAAAAAGGAAAAGAAGGCCAAGGACGAGGACAAGCCACAAGACGCCCCUGUCGCUCCCGACUCCGAAGUCAAGGACUCCUCCAAGGACUCCUCCAAGGACUCCUCCAAGGACAAAAAGAAGAGCAAGAAGGACAAGAAAAAGUCGUCCAAGGAGUCCAACGACACCACCGCCGAUGACGAUGCAGACGCUGGUGCGAAUGCUGCCAAUGCCUCCUCCGACAAGGCCGACCGCCACAUAGUCUUCGUUGGCAACCUCCCUUUCACCGCUACUGCAACAACGAUUGAAGCCCAUUUCGCCUCCCUCUCACCGGUCUCAGUCCGCUGCAUGAGCGAUCCCAACGACUCCAAGCCAUGCCGGGGCUUCGCCUUCGUCGAGUUUGCCAAGGUUUGGCAUAUGAGAACCUGCUUGGAUAAGUUUCACCAUUCCAUGUUCGAGGAUGGCGUCUCCCCUGCUCGUCGUAUCAACGUCGAGUUGACUGCCGGCGGUGGAGGCAAGACCCAACAGCGCCAGGACAAGAUUAAGGAGAAGAACCGCAAGCUCGACGAGAACCGGACCAAGCGAAUCGAGCGCGAGAAGACCGCCAAGACGGAAAACAAGGCAAACGGUAACAGCAAUACCCAGCAGCACAUGGAAGAUAGCGUCCACCCUAGUCGCCGUGCCCACGUCCCCAGCAACUAGACUCUUUCCUCGAUCUUGGGUCGUCCUCACGCUUCCAAUAAUUGCAUAUGCUUAUAUGAGAGCUCUCAUCUACGACGGGUUGGGCAAAAGUUGGUCCUUUGGUUUUCACGAAUGAAUUUUUCUUCCUACACAUUCUAGAAUUAGGCUGGGUUUUGUUUGGUCACAUAUGCAAAAAAGUUAUUCAAGUCAUCGUCUUGUUGUAUAGAGAUGGACGGAGAUAGAUACCCCAAGGAAUUGGCACAUUGACAUCAAAAGUGGAUAGAAAUGGAAUUUCAGGACAAGAUUGAUCAGUUGUUGCUUUCCCAAGGUCACAGGCAAAUCAUUUUAUGUGAG